CGUAAAAUGAUUGGAUGAGAUAUAAAAUUUAUUAGUAUUUAGUGGCUAAAAAAGUAGUUGACAAAAUCAUUGCCAUGUAUUCUCUAUUUAUUUAAGUCUUGAGCUUCAAUCAUCUAUUAAUUUUCAAGCAAUCAUCCAUGGAGAAAUCUUUUCCUCUGCAUGAAUGCCAUGUAAACAAAGUCACCAUCAUCAUUAACAGAACCCAUGCAAUCCUUCAUUCUAUAGCCAUACUCUUCUUGAUUCAUUACAGGCUUUCUUUCUUUUUCCAACACCCCCAAAACAUCACCAUCCCCACUCUUCCAUGGCUUCUAAUCUUCGUCUCCGAGUUGAUUCUCUCUUUCGCAUGGUUCCUUCAACAAGCCUGUCGUUGGCGCCCGGUUUACCGGAACGUAUUCCCCGAGAGGUUGCCGGUUGAUGAUAAGCUUCCGGCCAUUGACGUGUUCAUUUGCACUGCGGAUCCAAAAAAGGAGCCGAGUGUGGAGGUUAUGAACACUGUGAUAUCAGCAAUGGCGUUGGAUUAUCCACCGGAAAAGCUUCAUGUUUAUAUAUCCGACGAUGCCGGCUCCGAUGUGACGUUGCGUUGUACGAAGGAGGCUUGGAACUUUGCCAAGUAUUGGGUUCCUUUUCGUAGGAAAUAUGGUCUCUUGACUGCUUGUCCGGACGUUUAUUUUUCAAGCUCCGAAGAUGAUAAUGGAGACUAUAAGGGUUCCGAGUUUAAGGCAGAGAGGAAAAAGAUGGAGGUAAUUUUUGUACACACUGUAAAAAUUAAAUUUAUUUUGUGUCAAGGAAAAUACGAGGUUCUGAAGCAAGGACUAAGGAAAAUUGUUGAAGGACACUUUACCACAAAUGUUGCCAUCAACAAUACUCGGGACCAUCCUACAAUAAUUGAGGUCAUAAAUAAAGAGGAAGAUGAAGUUAAAAUGCCUCAACUUAUUUAUGUUUCUCGUGAGAAAAGACCUUCUCAUAAUCAUAAUUUUAAAGCUGGAGCCCUCAACGUCCUUCUUCGGGUCUCAGCGAUGAUAAGCAAUUCUUCAUAUAUCCUAAUCCUUGACUGCGACAUGUACUGCAAUGACCCAACUUCAGCUAGGAAAGCAAUGUGUUUUCACUGUGAUUCUCAAACACCUUCUUCUUUAGCAUUCGUGCAAUUUCCUCAAACGUUUCGAAAUAUAAGUCAAGAUGACAUCUACGACAACCAAAUUCGAUUUGCGUUUAAGGUACAUUGGUAUGGUUUUGAUGGCGUCGGAGGACCAAUAAUAUCAGGUUCAAACUUUUAUAUAAAGAGAGAGGCUUUAUUGGGUAGUUUUAACAAGCAGCAAGAUUAUAUGGCACUCAAGAGAUUAUUUGGUCCAUCUAAUGACUUCAUUAAAACCCUAGUUGAAGAUUAUAAGCCUCGCUUCAUAAAGGAUGGGGAAUCUUCAAGGAUGUCGCUCGAAAAUGCCAACAUAUUAGCCUCUUGCUCAUAUGAAAAUCAGACAGUAUGGGGUUCAAAGGUGGGUUUUCUAUAUUUUUCUGUUGCAGAAGAUUAUUUUACUGGACUUAAUUUACAUCGUAAAGGCUGGAAAUCAGUGUAUCUUAAUCCUGAAAGGCAACAAUUCUUGGGGACAAGCACCACAAAUCUCAAUGACUCAUUAAUUCAAUGGACAAGAUGGACAUCUGGGCCUGUUACUGUUGCUCUUUCUAGGUUUUGCCCUCUCACUUAUGGUUCUCUAAAGAUGUCUUUGGUUCAAGUUUUGUGCUAUUCAGAACUUGCAUUCAUGCCUCUUCUUAAUUGCCUUUCUCUUUGGGGCUUCGCUAUUAUACCUCAACUUUGUCUCUUCAAUGGCAUCCCUUUGUACCCGAAGGUUUCAGAUCCAAAUUUCAACAUAUUUUCGGUAAUUCUUGUAUCGUCUAUUUUGAAAAGCUUAUACGAAGUUGUUACAACUGGUGAACAACUCAAAGUGUGGAGAAAUGAAUGGAGAAUAUGGAUGAUGAGAUCGGUAACAUGCUACACCUAUGGAUGCUUCGAUGUUAUUUUAAAUAAGCUUGGCAUGAAGGAAGCUACCUUUUUGCCGACCAAUAAAGUAACCGAUGAUGAACAAGUUAAGCUAUAUGAGAUGGGAGUUUUUGAUUUUCGAACAGCCACCGUGUUUCUUGCUCCUUUGGUUACAGUAAUUCUCAUAAACAUUGCAGCAUUUGUUGGAGCUGUUGUCAAAGCUUUGGUUGUAGAUGAUGAUGGAGAUCAAUAUUGGGAAAAGAUGUUUGGGCAAAUGUUUCUUUCGUUUUUCAUAUUGAUUUCAAAUUUUGCAGUUAUUGAAGGGAUGAUCAUCAGGAGAGACAAGGCUAAGAUUCCAUUGUCUUCUACUUUGUGGUCUGUUGUAUUUUCAAUGUUUAUCUUGUUGAUCGGCUCUGUCAUUUUGUGUUAAAUUAUGGCAUUGGAAGAAUAAAAAAGACCUUAAUCUCAUGCUUCUUAUUAUAUGUCCAAUUAUUGAAGGGGUGAUAUAUAUGUUGUUUGCUUAA